CUGUGACGUCGGGCACUCCCGCCUCACCUCCCCUUUCUCUCUGUGGUGAUGAGCUUCAACGGCAGACGAUCUCCUGGUAGCGUUAGUCGAGGUUCGAUCUCGAUCAUCACGCUUCUUUUCGCCCUUCCCAAACUCCUGCUGCUGCCGACUCUGGCGGGAGCGUUCUUUGCGCCGAUAGGGGUGCUGUCCUCGUCCGCUGCGAGGAUCCCUUCGUCGUCGGCGCCGCCUCAGAGGGGAGGAGACCGCACGCAACAACCUCCCCACACCAGAGGCCUCAUCUUCACACUAUCGGGAGGCGCAACCAGCAGCAGCGACAGCUCUAGCGACAUGCCUCCGCCCGAGGCGGGGGGCACCGCAGAAGGGGGCUCCGCAGAUGGCGCGCCGUUGUCGUCAUCGCCUUCGUUAUCGGCGGCAGAGGGGGAUGGCAAGGGGGGGGGGGUGCAGGGGGCCGAGGCGGGGGAGCCGGCGCUAGUAGACGUGGCGAAGCUGGAGUCAGCCGCGGCUACGACCUUGUGGAACGUGCCCAACAUACUGACGAUGGCGAGGGUGAUGGCUAUCCCGGUGUUCGCCACCAUCUUCUACGCCUCCCUCCCGCGGCGCAACAUCUGGUGCUCGGCAAUCUUCGCCGGAGCCGCGUUCACGGACUGGCUCGACGGCUACAUCGCUCGCCGGCAGGGCAUCGUGACGCCGUUCGGAUCCUUCCUCGACCCUGUGGCGGACAAGCUGCUGGUGUCCACGGCGUUGAUUCUUCUAUCGGAGCGGCUGGGACCCUGGAUGACCGUCUGCUCCGCGAUUAUCCUCUGCCGAGAACUAGCGAUCAGCGCUCUUCGUGAGUGGAUGGCACAGCUGGGAUUGAGGGAAACGGUAAAAGUGGGAAACGCCGGCAAGUGGAAAACCGCGACACAGAUGAUGGCCAUUACCAUGCUCCUGCUCUUGGAACCGGGUGCCGCGGUGACGCUGGUCAACCCGGCCACCGCCAUGCCCAUCGCCAAGAGCCUGCUUUACGUGUCCACCGUGUUGACGGUUACAUCAGGUAGCGGGUACCUCAAGGCAGCCUGGCCGGCGCUGAUGGGUAAAGCGUAGCGAUUACGUAGAUCCAGUUUGGGCCCGCACUUGAGAAGAACGUCUAAUUUUAGCCGAGGCUCGUUCUCGUAUUUUGUCCAGGUACUGCUGUAUCCCGACGGCGACGAUAUGGGUUUUAUAUAGUAUACUGUAGGCUUGACUGAGGACCAGUUCGUAUGGUCAAGUACGAAAAAAAUUAGGCUCAACUUCCUAUCUACCAACUUAAUAGGUGCGGGCCGGCUCUGUAGACUUGAGAACCAAGUGGUUGUGAGUUUCCCGAUCAUCAGCAUGUGUUCCUCGCUGAUGACGGCGUCAUCGGUAGAAAGGGGUGGAGGUGUUUUUCGUUUCGUUGUUGUUUGUUUGACUGUGCUGACGCUUUUCUCACGAUCGUUGCAUCGUGGUGGUCGACAUAAAGCAACACAGCAACGUCCUAGUCCUUUCGGAGAGGCUGUUCUUUGCUCCGCUGCAGCAGCUGCUCGCUGUAGUUGGCUGCGGGAUAUUAUUGCUUCAAUGCCUCCUUGGGCGGAUUAGUGUGGUGUCUUGAUGGAGUCUUGGGGCGUUGAUAUGUUGAGUGUAGUGUGCGUGGUUAGAAGGUUGACCGCAAAUGUCGCGCUUUUCAGUGACCGGUACUUUUUUUACCUGCGCGCGGCAGUGUCAUAUGUGUACAAGUUGAAAAUGUGCCCACGCUGGUAACCGUGUGGCCGGACAUUUCACCGAUGUGUGUUUGUGGACACACCAAGAUGUAGGUAUGUGGCCACUUUCCCACAAUUUCUGUGCACUUUGUGUUUAUUCGAGGUGUAGUGUUUCGCACAUCCUAGUUAACCACGAGCUAUAUGUCAAAAUAAUCCCGUGCCCCCUCCACGAAGUGAGCGAUGUCGCGAUGUACGCUCGAGUUAUAACGCCCCACUAAACUUCUGACUUG